AUGGCUUACGACAGUGCCAUCACGGUGUUCUCCCCGGACGGCCAUUUGUUCCAAGUGGAGUACGCCAUGGAGGCGGUCCGGAAAGGCACUUUGGCAGUCGCCGUUCGAGGCACGGACGUGGUCGUCAUCGGCGUGGAGAAGAAAAUGGUCGCGAAGUUACAAGAUCCACGAACGAUGCGGAAGAUUCAAAUGAUUGAUGAUCACGUCGCGGUGGCGUUCGCCGGGUUAACCGCGGACGCGAGGGUGCUCAUCAACCGAGCGCGAGUGGAAGCGCAGUCGCACAGGUUAACUUUGGAAGACUCGGCGAGCGUGGAGCACAUGGCGAGAUAUAUCGGUGGGGUGCAGCAAAAGUACACGCAAAGUGGUGGCGUUCGGCCGUUUGGUUUGUCGACGUUGAUUUGCGGUUUCUCUCCGGAAGGGAACGCGGAAUUGUGGCACACCGAUCCGAGCGGCACGUACACGGCGUGGAAAGCGAACGCCAUCGGUCGAUCGAGCAAACCAGUAAGAGAGUGGUUGGAAAAGAACUACGAGGAGAAAAGUGGCGACGAGUGCGUCGAGUUAUGCGUCAAAGCGCUUCUGGAGGUGUGCGAACCGGGAUCGAAACACGUAGAAAUUGCCGUCGUGAGGAAAGGCCUGGACGGCGCGGACACGUUGGACGAAACCGUCGUCGACGCGGUGAUUAAGAAAAUUGAAGACGAAAAAGCAGCCGCGGAGGAGGCGAAGAAGCGACGAGCGCAGGCCGCGGAAGAGGCGGCCAGAGCCGCGCAGGGGUAA